GAAGAUGAAGUCCUCAAUACAUUCCGAAGAGGAUGAUUUUGUUCCAGAGCUACAUAGAAAUGUCCACCCCCGAGAGCGGCCUGAUUGGGAGGAAACGCUUAGCGCAAUGGCAAGAGGAGCAGAUGUCCCGGAGAUCCCUGGAGAUCUCACUCUUAAGUCGUGUGGCAGUACAGCGAGCAUGAAGGUUAAGCAUGUGAAGAAGUCCACCCCUCCUGGACUGAUGGGCUGUGACAACAUUCACAGGUUACCCUUCACCAAGGGACACUUUCCAAAGAUGGCUGAGUGUGCACAUUUUCAUUAUGAGAACGUGGAGUUUGGCAGCAUACAGCUUUCACUAUCAGAAGAACAGAAUGAAGUAAUGAAAAAUGGCUGUGAAUCUAAAGAGCUGGUCUACCUCGUGCAGAUUGCCUGUCAGGGCAAAAGCUGGAUUGUUAAACGAAGUUAUGAAGAUUUUCGGGUACUUGAUAAACAUCUUCAUCUCUGCAUUUAUGACCGACGAUUCUCCCAGCUCUCAGAGCUUCCGCGGUCUGACAUCCUUAAGGACAGUCCUGAGUCGGUUACCCAGAUGCUUACUGCUUACCUGUCGCGCCUUUCAACUAUUGCUGGCAACAAGAUCAACUGCGGGCCUGCCCUUACCUGGAUGGAGAUCGACAAUAAGGGAAACCACCUUCUAGUUCACGAGGAGUCAUCCAUCAACACUCCUGCUGUUGGUGCUGCUCACGUUAUCAAGCGGUACACUGCUCGGGCACCCGAUGAACUGACCUUAGAGGUGGGAGACAUCGUUUCUGUUAUUGACAUGCCUCCCAAAGUACUAAGUACAUGGUGGAGAGGCAAGCAUGGAUUUCAGGUGGGACUCUUCCCUGGUCAUUGUGUCGAGUUAAUUAACCAGAAAGUUCCUCAGUCAGUGACCAACUCAGUGCCAAAACCAGUGUCUAAAAAGCACGGCAAGCUCAUUACUUUCUUGCGAACAUUCAUGAAGUCUCGCCCAACAAAACAGAAGCUAAAGCAGCGGGGCAUCUUGAAAGAGAGAGUAUUUGGCUGUGACCUGGGGGAGCACCUCCUGAACUCUGGGUUUGAAGUGCCCCAGGUUCUUCAGAGCUGCACAGCGUUCAUCGAGAGGUAUGGCAUUGUGGACGGGAUAUAUCGUCUCUCUGGCGUUGCCUCCAAUAUCCAGAGACUUCGUCAUGAAUUUGAUUCUGAGCAUGUCCCCGACCUGACGAAAGAACCUUAUGUUCAAGACAUCCAUUCUGUGGGCUCUCUCUGUAAGCUGUACUUCCGAGAACUCCCAAACCCUCUGCUCACCUACCAGCUGUACGAGAAGUUCUCUGAUGCUGUUUCAGCAGCAACAGAUGAAGAACGGUUGAUAAAAAUCCAUGAUGUCAUCCAACAACUCCCCCCACCACACUAUAGAACCCUGGAGUUCCUGAUGAGACACCUGUCUCUUCUAGCAGACUAUUGUUCUAUCACAAACAUGCAUGCAAAAAACCUUGCCAUUGUGUGGGCACCAAACCUGCUGAGAUCAAAACAGAUAGAGUCGGCUUGUUUCAGUGGGACAGCAGCUUUCAUGGAAGUGAGAAUUCAGUCUGUGGUUGUUGAAUUCAUCCUCAAUCAUGUGGAUGUACUCUUCAGUGGCAAAAUCAGCGCUGUCAUGCAGGAAGGGGCAGCUUCUCUGUCAAGGCCCAAGUCCCUGUUGGUCUCUUCUCCAUCUACCAAGCUGCUGACAUUGGAGGAAGCCCAGGCAAGGACACAGGCUCAGGUCACUUCUCCCAUUGUGACUGAGAAUAAGUACAUUGAAGUAGGAGAAGGGCCUGCUGCACUUCAAGGGAAGUUCCAUACCAUCAUUGAGUUCCCACUUGAAAGAAAGAGGCCUCAGAAUAAGAUGAAAAAAUCUCCCGUUGGCAGCUGGCGUUCUUUUUUCAAUUUGGGGAAGUCCUCUUCUGUCUCCAAACGCAAGUUGCAGCGGAAUGAGAGUGAGCCCUCGGAGAUGAAAGCCAUGGCUUUGAAAGGUGGCAGGGCAGAAGGAACCCUCCGCUCAGCUAAAAGUGAGGAGUCCCUUACUUCUCUCCAUGCAGUUGAUGGUGAUUCCAAGUUGUUCCGACCCAGAAGACCCAGAUCCAGCAGUGAUGCGCUCUCUGCCUCUUUCAAUGGAGAGGUACUGGGAAACCGAUGCAAUUCCUAUGACAAUCUGCCCCAUGACAACGAGAGUGAAGAGGAAGUGGGGCUGCUCCACAUUCCAGCUCUUGUGUCUCCUCAUUCAGCUGAGGAUGUUGACUUGAGCCCACCAGACAUUGGAGUGGCCAGUCUGGACUUCGAUCCCAUGUCAUUUCAAUGCAGUCCUCCAAAAGCUGAGUCAGAGUGUCUGGAGAGUGGUGCUUCCUUUCUGGAUUCAUUAGGGUAUACCAGGGAUCAACUGAGUACCAGUAAGAAGGAUGUGGAAGCAGGUGGUAGCCAGUCACAGACUCCAGGCAGCACUGCAAGUUCUGAACCUGUGUCUCCAGUCCAGGAGAAACUGAGUCCGUUUUUCACCUUGGACUUGAGCCCCACAGACGACAAGUCCUCUAAGCCAUCUUCAUUUACAGAAAAGGUUGUUUAUGCUUUCUCUCCGAAGAUUGGACGGAAGCUAAGCAAAUCUCCUUCCAUGAACAUAUCUGAGCCUAUUUCAGUGACUCUUCCACCUCGGGUAUCAGAAGUCAUCGGUACUGUCUCCAACGCUGUAGCUCAGAAUGCAUCACCUCCAUCUUGGGACAAAAGUGUGGAAGAAAGCGAUGUCAUAAAUAGAUCCCCUACCCAGCUAGGAAAGACGAAAACAGGUGAGAGAGAGGCACAGGAGAGAUGUGACCCAGAAGCACAGCCCCUGGAGCAGGGGCCAGCUGAAGAAGUAGAGUUGCCAGGGGCAGAGGAGCGGCCUGUCUUGAGCAGUCAGAGCAAGGCUGUGCCUUCUGGACAGAGUCAGACAGGAGCAGUUACCCAUGACCCCCCUCAGGAUCCCGUUCCUGUCAGUUCAGUCUCUCUUAUCCCACCACCACCGCCUCCGAAAAAUGUCGCCCGAAUGUUGGCACUAGCGUUAGCUGAGUCUGCACAGCAAGCCUCAACUCAGACACUGAAGAGACCAGGGACUUCCCAGGCUGGGUGUACUAGUUAUGGAGACAUGGCAGUUGUUACAUCUGAAGAGAAACUGCCUAGUUCCUACUCUAGUGUUACUCUAGAUAAAACCUAUUUCCAAACGGACCGACCAGCAGAGCAGUUCCACCUGCAGAUCAAUGGACUUGGAAAUUGUAACCAGCCUCUCCCAGAGACAGCAGCUAUGGGAGGUCCCACCCAUUCCAACACAACUGACUCUGGGGAGCAGCUCCACCAAGUAGACUUAAUAGGGAAUUCGCUACAUCGAAACCAUGUAUCUGGGGAUCCAGAAAAGGCUAGAAGCACUUCAGCUCCCUUAACAGACUCAGAGAAGUCUGAUGAUCAUGGAAGUUUUCCUGAAGACCACGCUGGGAAGACCAGCGUGUCCACUGUCUCCUUUUUGGAGCAGGACCAGUCUCCACUUCAUUUCUCCAGUGGAGAUCAGCCCCUCUCAUAUCUUGGUACCAAUAUGGAUAAACCCCAUCAUUCCUCAGAACUUAUAGACAAAUCUCCCAUGCCUUCUACUUUGCCUAGGGACAAAGCCCACCCUCUUUCUGGGUCCCCUGAAGAAAAUGCCAGUACAGCCACCAUGGCUUAUAUGAUGACAACUCCAGCAAGAGCCGAAACGAACACCAGAGAGGCCGGCAGGGUCACGGAUGAUCAGCAGCCCACGGCUGCUGACUUUGUGGCUGCCACCCUUCAGCGUGCGCACAGAACUCAUCGGCCCCUCCCCCCACCUCCUUCCCAGAGGCCUGCAGAGCAGCCACCAGUUGUGGGGCAGGUACAAGAAGCACCAAGUAUAGGAUUAAAUAAUUCCCACAAGGUCCAGGGAGUAGCUCCAGCUCCAGAGAGGCCACCUGAGUCUCGAGCCAUGGGUGAUCCUGCACCCAUCUUUGUCAAUGAUGGCAGUGCUGCUGCCCAGUGUCCCAUGGCUGCCUCUGCUCCCCAACCAGGACUGCCUGAGAAGGUUCGGGAAAGCAGCAGGGCCCCACCACUCCAUCUGCGUGCUGAGUCUUUUCCUGGCCAUUCCUGUGGCUUUGCUGCCCCAGUUCCCCCAACACGGACAGUGGAAAGCAAGAUGGCUGCUGCCAUGCACUCCAACGCUGCAGACGCCAACAGCAAUUCAAAUUAUCACUCCUUUGUCCCUCCGUCAGCCUCUGUGGAUGAUGUGUUGCCCUUGCCACUCCCCAUCUCACAGCCUAAGCAUGCUUCUCAGAAAAUAGCCUAUUCCUCCUUUGCUAGGCCUGAUGUCACCACAGAGCCCUUUGGUCCAGAAAACUGUUUGCAUUUCAAUAUGACUCCAAACUGCCAGUUUCGUCCCCAAAGUGUUCCUCCACACCACAAUAAGUUGGAACCACACCAGGUAUAUGCUGCUCGAUCAGAGCCACCAGCCUCCAUGGGUCCUCGUUACAACACCUAUGUGGCACCGGGAAGAAACAUGUCUGGACACCACUCCAAGCCGUGCAGCCGGGUUGAGUAUGUCUCUUCUCUGGGCUCCUCGGUUAGGAAUCCUUGUUGCCCUGAAGACAUUCUACCUUACCCUACCAUCCGGAGGGUACAGUCCCUUCAUGCGCCCCCACCUUCCAUGAUCCGCUCUGUUCCCAUUUCACGGACAGAAGUUCCCCCAGAUGAUGAGCCAGCCUACUGCCCAAGACCAGUCUACCAGUAUAAGCCAUACCAGUCCUCCCAGGCCCGCUCAGACUAUCAUGUAACCCAGCUUCAGCCUUACUUCGAGAAUGGACGGGUCCACUAUCGUUAUAGUCCGUAUUCCAGCUCCUCCAGCUCCUAUUACAGUCCUGAGGGGGCCUUGUGUGAUGUCGAUGCCUAUGGCACAGUCCAGCUGAGGCCCCUGCACCGCCUGUCCAAUCGGGAUUUUGCUUUCUACAAUCCAAGGCUACAGGGAAAGAACGUGUACAACUAUGCUGGUUUGCCUCCACGCCCACGGGCCAGUGCAACUGGCUAUUUCUCUGGUCAUGACCACAAUGUAGUCAACAUGCCCCCCACUGCUGAUGUUAAGCACACCUACACCUCAUGGGACCUUGAGGACAUGGAAAAAUACCGCAUGCAGUCCAUCCGACGAGAGAGUCGAGCACGGCAGAAGGUGAAAGGGCCUAUCAUGUCACAGUAUGACAACAUGACACCAGCUGUGCAAGACGACUUGGGAGGGAUCUAUGUCAUCCAUCUGCGCAGCAAAUCAGAUCCUGGGAAAACUGGACUUCUCUCUGUGGCAGAGGGGAAAGAGGGGCGGCACCCAGCCAAGGCUGUCAGUCCUGAGGGGGAUGACCGUUUCUACAGGAAGCACCCAGAGUCCGAAUUUGACAGAGCCCACCAUCAUGGAGGGUAUGGCAGCACCCAGGUAGAAAAGCCAUCCCUCCCACAGAAGCAAAGCAGCCUUAGGAACAGAAAGCUUCACGAUAUGGGUUGUAGCCUCCCAGAGCACAGGGUGCAUCAGGAAGCAAGCCAUAGGCAAUUAUGUGAAUCAAAAAAUGGACCACCUUAUCCCCAAGGAGCUGGCCAGUUAGAUUAUGGGUCCAAAGGGAUGCCAGACACUUCUGAGCCAAGCAACUACCAUAACUCUGGGAAAUAUGUCACAUCAGGGCAGGAGUCUCUAAGACUGAACCACAAGGAGGUGAGGCUUUCCAAAGAUCUGGACAGGCCUCGAGCCAGACAGCCACCUGCCCCUGAGAAACACUCCAGAGACUGCUACAAGGAGGAGGAACACUUCUCUCAGUCUAUGGUCCCACCUCCCAAACCAGAGAGGAGUCACAGCCUAAAACUCCACCAUACCCAGAACCUGGAGAGGGACCCCAGCGUGCUAUACCAGUAUCCGACGCACAGCAAGCGUCAGAGCAGUGUGACUGUUGUGUCCCAGUAUGACAACCUGGAGGAUUACCACUCCCUGCCCCAGCACCAGCGAGGAGGCUUUGGAGGGGCAGGCAUGGGGCCCUACGUGCCCUCUGGCUUUGUCCAUCCACAGAGCAGGACAUACGCCACAGCACUGGGUCAGGGGGCCUUCCUGCCCACAGAGUUGUCCUUGCCACAUCCUGACACACAGAUUCAUGCAGAAUGAGCCCCGGGAGCAGUAGAGUUGAAGCAGCCUCUGCUGGACAGUGGACUGUUCUAUUUUUUUUUUUCAAUAACCAAAAAGAUUUAA